AUGAGUAAUAAUUGGUACUCCAUCAAUAUUAAUGGUCAUAGACAUGGUUUCUUUAACUCCACUAGAGGUCUUAAACAGGGUGAUCCUCUCUCCCCAGGCCUAUUUAUUUUAGGUGCAGAGAUGCUUUCAAGAAUGCUUAAUCAUCUUCAUCAGACUCCUAUAUAUAAAGGUUUUAAUAUGGAGCGUAAGGGUCCUCAGAUUAAUCAUUUAAAUUUUGCGGAUGAUGUGAUUAUAUUUGCAUCCUCUGAUAAAGACUCUAUGAAACUUAUUAUUGAUACUUUAGGGGACUAUGAACAUGCAUCUGAUCAGCUCACCAACAGAGAUAAGAGUCAUUUUAUGGUCCCUGAUGCCACACCUCUUGAUAUCAACAAUGUCAUCAAAGAGGUCACAGGUUUUUCACAAAAAGCUAGUCCUAUUACUUAUUUAGGUUACCCUCUAUAUAUUGGUGGACAUAGGAUCAUUUACUAUUCUCAUUUGGUUCAGAAAGUGUCCAAAGAGAUUUGUGGAUGGAAAGCUAGGAUACUUAGUUUUGGGGGCAAAAUUACUUUGAUCAAGCAUGCUUUGCAGUCCAAUCCUAUACACACAAUGGCUGCCAUAUCACCUCCAAAUACUACUAUCAAGUACAUUGAGUCUAUCAUUACAAAUUUCUUUUGGGGGAGAGAUCAGGAUAAAAGGAAAUAUCAUUGA